UGAUUAUAGGAUUUACGAUCGUGCUCUUUAGUAUAAAAAGAGAAGAGAAGAUUCGAUGAUCGUUCAGUAAACUUCGGACCUCGAUCUCGAGAAAAGCAUCAAUAUGAAGUUCAUCAUCGUUUUCACAUUUGCUCUCAUCGUUGGAACUUUGGGAUUAACAGACGAACAAAAAGCCAAACUUAAGGAAUAUAAGGAAUCUUGUAUAACCGAAUCUGGUGUCGAUCCUGCUGUCGUUGAAAAUGCAAAGAAUGGUAAUGCCCCUGAGAGUGAUGAAAAAUUAUCCUGCUUUGCUGCUUGCUUUAUAAAAAAGAUGGGUAUUUUCAGUCCUGAAGGAGAUCUUAACGAAGAAAUUUUACGAGCUCGAUUGCAAGAUAGUCUUCCAGAAGACAAAGUUGAAGAAGUCUUUCAGAAAUGUAAAAACGUUGAUGGCGCUAAUACUUGCAAGAAAGGAGGUAAACUGAUGAAAUGUUUCUUAGAUAAUAAAAAAGUGGCUGUAUUAAAUUAAAUUUAAAAUGAGAAAAAUCAAUUAUAUUAAUAUAUUGUUAACGCUUAUAAAAGUGAAUAAUCAAAUGAAUUCAGAGGGACGAUAAAAUUAUGAUAUAAAUAUCUUCGAACUGUUUUAUAAAUAAAGUAAUAAUAGUACCGUAAAAAA